AUGAACUUGAGCAUCGACGUGCUCAGGCAACUUCUCGAACUUGGUCUUGACCCCAAUGCAUACUCAAAAGCCCUCCAGCAGGGUCAUCCGUCCAUUCGAAAACAUUCUCUUGCCGUGACUGAUGGCAACGCGGAAGUCGCCGAGCUUCUCCUCUGUCACGGGGCGGAUCCCAACAUGCGCAUAGGAUCCUUUUCGUCUGUUCUAUCACUGGCCAUUGCAAAAGGACACGUUGAAGUAGCUGACCUUCUUCGGAAGCACGGUGCGAAGGAAAAAUGCGAGGACAUGGAUGUUGAUGACGACGACUAUCUGGCUGGUGUAGUCGAAUUGCUGGGGCCUGCUUGA